UGAUAACUGAUAUACGGAUGUUUAUUUUUUUUUCUUCUAAUUUUUUCCCCUCAAAGAGUGAGUUUAAGGAAUUGAAAAUAAAAGAAAAGGGAGUAUCAUGCGGCUAGCACAUGCAAGACCAAGAAUAAGACUAUUAAUAUUAACAAUAAUACAAAUGCAAAGGUGGGUUAGCAACAGUUGCAGCAGCUGCAUCUCCCUAUUGUGGUGGUUUUGAAAGCAAAGGUGUCUUCAGAUUCAUAUUAUCACCUAAAGAGGCCAUUAGGCCAAUAUCAUAAAGCAUAACAACAACACCAACAUGUCCCCUUUUGAUUCUCCCCAAACAACAGCAGAUAGCAGCCUCAGCAUGAGCACAAGCACCAGUCCAAGUGGUGGUGAUGCGUUGUUGAAGUGGGGACACAGAAAGAGAUCAAGGCUUUCCAGGGCUGCCAUUGAAGAUUCAUCGUCUUCUGUUCACACCAACAACAGAAGAAUCACCCACACUGUUCCUCCAAACUUGUCCAUGCCGCCGCCGCCACUCGUUUCUUCUACUGCCUCCAGUGGCAGAGGUAGAAAGCAUAAUAGCCCUAGGAAUUUGGAAGACCCCUCCUUAGGUGGAAGUGAGUCACCUUCAAGAAGCCAGGGGAGCAACCCAGUUGUGUCUAGAUCUGCUGCAGCACCAAAACUGUCUUCUUGUGGCAUGGAAAGAAGUAGCAGAAGGAUGCUUUCUUCUGGAUCAGCAAAGUGUCAAAAGCCAAGUGGAUUUUCAACAACACAAGAAGCCUCUGAGAGACUGAACAAUAGUAGUCAUGCCUCGGUGCAGUCUGAAAAAGAAGGUGGUGUUGCCACUGCUCCUGCUACCUCAUCCCUUGCUGCCAAUGGAAACAAGGUCACUGUUGGGGUAAUUCAGUGGCCAAAGAUCUACAUUGCUCUCUCAAGAAAGGAGAAAGAAGAUGACUUUCUCGCUAUGAAGGGGACAAAAAUCCCUCAAAGACCAAAGAAGAGAGCAAAGAAUGUUGACAGAAUUCUACAGUGCUGUUUCCCUGGGAUGUGGCUAUCAGAACUGACAAAGAGCAGAUAUGAGGUUAGGGAGAAGAAGUCAGUGAAGAAGCAAAAGCGCAGCAGAGGCUUGAAAGGAAUGGAAAACUUGGACAGUGAUUCGGAGUAGCACUUACUCAAAGUUAGGUAUCAAAGGCAAUUUAAUUUGGUUGAUAGAACAAAAUAUGAGAUGUUUUAAAUUUUUAAUAUUUAUAUUCGACUCUUACAAAUAAAAAAAAUAUUCAGAGUUAGGUUGAUGUAAUUGGGGAGUUAAAAAACUCGAGCUUUUUUUUUUUAUUACUUAUUAUUUUUUUCAAAGGAGUCUUAAGAGCUGUUGUUAUGAAUACUUGAAACUUAAAAGUAGGUUGCACUGGUAUGAUAAUCCUUUUUAUUUAUUCA